GCGCCGCUGCCGCAAGUUAUGCCGCUGCCGCCGCCUUAUGGUGUACCUGGACAAAUUAUGAGACCGUAUGCUCCUAUGCCGCCUAAUGGUUAUCAUGCUAUGCCUCAACCUGCUUCACAAGGCGCCAUGAUUCAUCCCGUUUCUUGAAUGAUUUCGGUGAGAAAGGUUGGAAGGCUUCAUAUUGCAGUUCAUUUGAGACUCUGAGUACUCCAACUGCUUUUUUGGUAUGAGUACGUCUGCUUGGUUUUGUUUUUAUUUUCAUUUAUCAUUACAAGGUCAUUUGCUUUCGAACACAUCUAUUUUCUGUGAAAUACCAGAAGUGGAGCUUUCUCACCAUGGACAUGUAACUUUUCUAUGUUAUGUAAUGUCUGAAUAUGCGUGUACUACAGUAGAUUUACUUUUAGUAAUAAGGGCACUACCCCUUUGUUGGGAUCUUGAUUCUUGAAAUGCUGGCAGCAGACCUUGUUAACAACUGAAUGCAAGUUGCCUAUACGCCAAGGUAUCACAAUCUUUUUCAUUUUACCUGCUUGUGUUGUCUUUCUGGCUAUUUUUUGGCUGUAAAUGAUGAUGUUAAUGUUUGACGUGGGAAGAUUGUCUUAAAAUAUGUUAUCAUGCUAUCAAUUGCAUUACUGAUGAUGAGACGCUGGAAGUCUCAUCUUAAUGUAUUCAAAUCUCGCAAAUCAUUCUUGGGAAUUUGGACAGUUUGAUCAGAUUUCUUGACAAGUGAUGCAUAAGGUAAGCCCUAUUCACACGUUAGUGAUUUAUGAAAUGGAUGUUAUUAUCUUGAUCCUUCAGGUUAUCUGUUCAGCUCGUGAGUGUUCUCAUGCCUAUGGUGCCCUCUCAUAAUGCUUGUAAUGUUUGGUAAUAACAUUUGUUCAGCCUUACAGUUUUCUUUCGUGAAUGAGAUGUAGGCAUUGAGUUUUAAACUUGUCUCUGCUUUUUAAGCUUGGCCUAAUAAAUAUUCCUAGUCUCCUUUGUCCAUUUAUGCAGGAAUUCCACGUUAUGCAUCACCAUACACACAAAUGGCUCGACCAGUGUUUCCUCCACGCCCACCUGGUGCAGUAGGCAUUAUUCCUCCUUUGAUGCGCCCUCCAAUCCCUAUGAUACGUCCUCCAAUCAUUCCUCCUGCUGCUAGGCCAGCUGCCAUUCCAAGCAUUACUCAAACAGAGAAACCACAAACAACAGUUUAUGUUGGCAAGAUAUCGUCCACUGCUGAAAAUGAGUUUAUGCUUUCUCUUUUGCAGCUUUGCGGGCCUGUUAGGAGUUGGAAGCGUGCUCAAGAUCCGACAAAUGGAUCACUGAAAGGUUUUGGGUUCUGUGAGUUUGAGUCUGCUGAGGGGGUUCUUCGCGCAUUAAGAUUGCUCAACAAAUUAAACAUUGACGGGCAGGAGCUAAUGUUAAAUGUCAAUCAAGCAACUCGUGAUUUCCUUGAACGAUAUGUUGAAAAGAAAGCAGAAAGCUCAAAGAAGCUCCCAGAGUCUGAAACUGAAGGCGCUGAGAAAGAAGAAGAAAGUACAUUAGGUGGGGAGAAGAAUGAAAAUGCAGCGUCUGUAGAACCUCCUGAGUCUAGCACAGAAGAAUCAAAGAAAGAUACUGGUGAUAAAGGGAACAAAGAAAAUCUAGAUUCUGCUAACUUUGGACUGGUCACUGACGAAGAUAGGCAAGCUGACAAAGAGGCCUUGGACAAGCUCAAUGAUAUGAUAGAGGAAAGGCUGAAGAAUAAACCAUUACCACCUCCACCUCCACCUCCACAACCAGCUAAAGAUGGUUCUGAUAACUCACAUACGGAAAACCUCAAAGAUGGGGAACCAGCAGAAGAAAAAAAUGAUGAUGUCAGCGAAAGUAAAACUUCAAGUGAGCAUGAAAAGGCUGAGAUUAGCUCACCGGACCAUCGUAGGCAUGAUAGGAGAAGCAGGGACCGGGAGAGGGAUUUGAAGAGAGAAAAGGAGAGGGAACUCGAAAGAUAUGAGAGGGAGCGUGAACAAGAACGAGCCAAGAGAGAGAAGGAGAGAGAGUACAAGACCCGCGAAGAUGACCGUAGGUACAAGGCCCGUGAAAAGGAGUGGGAAACAAGAGAAAGGGAAAUGGAGCAUAGGCGGAAGAGAGAGAGAGAGAGGGAGAAAGAAAGGGCACAGGAACGUAAAUGGGAUAUACUGGAGCAAGAACGUGAAUGUGAAGAUGGUUAUAGAAAAAGGAAACACAGGACUAGUGAUGAGGAGAGGAAAAGACGGCAGAGGGAGAAGGAAGAUGACUCGGCUGACAGUUUUAAAGAAGAAGAAGAGAUUGCUGAGGCUAAGAGAAGAGCGGAGGAGGAACAGCAGAAAAAAGAGCAGGAGGAGGCAUUGAAAAUCCUUUCCAGUCAUCUAGCCAAUGGUCGUGAAAAAGCUGUUCCAUAUGAGGAAAACAAUAUUGAUAGCCAAGAUAAGAAUAUCGAGACAGCUCAGGAUAAUUUAAGCCAGGGUGAAGGAGUUGCACAAAAUGGGACGGAUGAAGAAUCCAUGUUGGUAACUACAGCUGCAUCAGAUAUGAGGCAUAAUAGCAAUGCCCCUACGAAAAGGUUAGAAUUUGGCCUCCUAGGGUCAGGGAAAAGAGCUGCUGUCCCUUCUUUCUUCAAUGCGGAUGAGGAUGAGGAUGCUCAAAAAGUAAAGAAAAUGAGGCCAUUGGUUCCAAUUGACUAUUCAGCUGACGAGCAACAUAUUGUCCAACCUUCCAUCGCUGAAGCAUCACCUACUAUGGCUGCAGAAUUUGCAAAGCGAAUUUCAAAUGCUAACCCUAAAGAGGAGAGGUCUGAUGUAGAGAAGGACAGACACAGAAGAACUCAUGACAGAUCCAGUCAGAGGGAUCGGGACAAGUAUGACGAGGAGACUAAACGAACCAGGGAUGACAGCAGAAACCUUGAUCACGACAGAGUUCGGGAACCUAGACCUGAUAAGGUUAAGACACCUGAUAAUCAGAAGCUUUUAGAUGCAAAGCAAUUGAUUGACAUGAUUCCAAAGACCAAAGAUGAGUUGUUCUCUUAUGAGAUAAACUGGGUGAUUUAUGACAAGAAUGCAUUGCAUGAAAGGAUGAGACCAUGGAUCAGUAAGAAGAUCACCGAUUUUCUUGGUGAGGAGGAGCUGACGCUGGUAGACUACAUUGUGUCCAGCACUCAAGAACAUGUCAAGGCAACAGAGAUGCUGGAGAGGCUCCAAAGUAUAUUAGAUGAAGAAGCUGAAAUGUUUGUUCUGAAGAUGUGGAGGAUGCUUAUAUUUGAAAUUAAGAAAGUCGAGACAGGUUUGGCUUUGAGGCCCAAAUCCUAAUUUCAGUUAUGUUCUCCCCUGAUACUCAGAAGCAUAUUCAUAAUGCUCUUGCUACUCUGUCAAAUCAUUGUAGAACUGUUUCCUUUCAAGCAACAUAAAUGAUAAAUAGUUUAGGUUAAAGUUGGUUUUCAUAUCAUUUUCAACUUAUUAAAAAAAAAGAGGUUGGUUAUUUUGUAAUUCUCUUUUAGUUCAUUCUAACGUCAAGGUUAAUUUGCUUUCCA